UCAGGGGUCCGGGGAAGAGCGGAGGUGAAGUUAGCGAUAAAGCUGAGGAAUCUCUUCAGCGUUUGGAGGGAACUGUAACGUUCCCUGUGCUGCCUCCCCGCCCCUUCCCCUCCGCGGGCACCAGCGGAAGUUGCCGGCGUUGGACGAAGAAAGCAACGGUAAAGGACGGGAAUUGCUGUGGGUGACGUAUCGGACGGUGGCCGAGAGGGUGCCGGCGGGCUGGCGGAAAUUGCCGAUAUCAGCCGAUAAGCUGAGAGAAACCCCCGAAGCGGCGUUCCGGAGAUUGCCGAACAUUCCCGCAGACAGCGGCAUUGGUCGCUGGGGCUGCGCGCUCCGAAGAUUCCCGAAGGAGGCUCCGGGGAAAGGCGGAAAGCGCCGAGGCCGCCGCCACCGGAGGCCGCGGCGGGGGUCAGCCCGUGCAUUAGCUGAGGAAGGUCGUGGCGCAGCUGCUGCCCGCCCCGCGCCAGCAAGAUGCUUCGGCUCCGUGCAGCCCGCAGGACCUUGGCUGGCAUUGCCCAGUCCUCCAGGGUGUGUGGGCGUACAACUGCAACAGCAGCCGGAAACCAAAUAGAGGUGUUUGUGGAUGGUCAUCCUGUCUUGGUAAACCCAGGAACCACAGUACUUCAGGCCUGUGAAAAGGCUGGCAUUCAGAUACCCAGGUUUUGUUAUCACGAUCGUCUCUCUGUUGCUGGAAAUUGCAGGAUGUGCCUUGUGGAAAUAGAGAAAGCUCCAAAGCCAGUUGCUGCUUGUGCUAUGCCAGUUAUGAAGGGCUGGAAUAUACUGACAAACUCUGAGAAGUCCAGGAAGGCAAGAGAGGGUGUAAUGGAAUUUCUGCUGGCAAAUCACCCACUGGACUGUCCUAUCUGUGAUCAGGGUGGAGAAUGUGAUCUACAGGAUCAAUCAAUGAUGUUUGGGAGUGAUAGGAGUAGAUUUAGAGAGGGCAAACGUGCUGUGGAGGACAAGAACAUUGGCCCAUUAGUCAAAACAGUCAUGACUCGGUGUAUUCAGUGCACACGAUGCAUCAGGUUUGCUAGUGAGGUUGCAGGGGUAGAUGACUUAGGAACAACUGGAAGAGGAAAUGAUAUGCAAGUUGGUACUUAUGUUGAAAAAAUGUUCAUGUCUGAGUUAUCAGGAAAUAUUAUUGACAUCUGCCCAGUUGGUGCUCUGACCUCCAAGCCAUAUGCCUUCACUGCACGCCCAUGGGAGACAAGGAAGGUAGAGUCAGUUGAUGUUCUUGAUGCAGUUGGAAGCAACAUUGUAGUGAGCACAAGAACUGGAGAAGUGAUGAGAAUUUUGCCAAGGCUGCAUGAAGAUAUCAAUGAGGAAUGGAUAUCGGACAAAACCAGGUUUGCCUAUGAUGGCCUGAAACGUCAGAGACUUACUCAGCCAAUGAUAAAAAAUGAAAAAGGACUCUUUGUUCAUGCCUCAUGGGAGGAUGUAUUAGCUCGUGUUGCUGGUGUGCUACAUGCUGUCAAAGGUAAUGAAGUAGCAGCAAUCGUGGGAGGCCUGGUGGAUGCAGAAGCACUAAUUGCUCUGAAAGACUUACUGAAUAGAGUAAAUUGUGAUGUGCUCUGCACUGAAGAGGUCUUCCCUACUGAUGGAGCUGGCACAGACCUACGCUCUAACUACCUGCUUAAUAGCAAGAUUGUUGGAGUGGAGGAUGCAGAUGUCCUGCUCCUGGUUGGCACUAAUCCACGCUUUGAGGCACCACUUUUUAAUGCCAGAAUUAGAAAGAGCUGGCUUCACAAUGACUUACAAGUGGCCCUUGUUGGCUCUCCUGUGAAUUUGACCUACACGUAUGAUCAUCUGGGAGAGUCCCCACAGAUACUCCAGGACAUUGCUUCUGGAAAACAUGCCUUCUGCAAGAUCCUCGACCAGGCUAAGAAGCCAAUGGUGGUGGUGGGUAGUGCAGCACUGCAGCGUGCUGAUGGAGGAGCUAUUCAUGCUGCUGUUUCCACCAUUGCACAAAAUGCCAGGACGAAGAGUGGUGUUGAUUCUGAUUGGAAAGUCUUGAACAUCCUCCACAGGGUUGCAAGCCAAGUAGCUGCUUUGGAUCUUGGUUUCAAACCAGGAGUGGAGGCUAUUAGGAAAAAUCCUCCCAAAGUAUUGUAUCUUUUGGGAGCAGAUGAGGGUUGUAUAACACGUCAGGAUUUGCCACCGGACUGUUUUAUCAUCUACCAAGGACAUCAUGGGGAUGUGGGAGCUCCCAUGGCUGAUGUUAUUCUCCCUGGAGCAGCAUACACAGAGAAGACAGCCACAUAUGUGAAUACUGAGGGCAGGGCCCAGCAGACAAGAGUAGCAGUAACACCUCCUGGCAUGGCAAGGGAAGACUGGAAAAUUAUUAGAGCUGUCUCUGAGCUGGCUGGUAUGACCUUGCCUUAUGAGAACCUUGAUCAAAUACGGAAGCGUUUAGAACAAGUGUCUCCUAAUCUGGUCCGAUACGAUGAUGUGGAAGAGGCCAACUACUUCAGCCAGGCAAAUGAAUUGUCAAAGUUAGUAAAGCAACAGCUCCUUGCUGAUCCUCUUGUUCCACCUCAGAUCACAAUAAAAGACUUCUAUAUGACAGAUUCCAUCAGUAGAGCAUCUCAGACAAUGGCUAAGUGUGUAAAAGCUGUUGUUGAAGGUGCUUCUGCAGUAGAAGAGCCAACCAUCUGCUAGAGACUAACUAGACUGUUCCCACCUACACCCAAGUAUUUGUUGCAGCUAGCUGCUGUGACUGAUUUUUUUUUUUUUCAAAAUCUAUUUGCUAGGUUGUUACAUUUUUCUUCACAUUUCCAUCAGCUCAGAUAGUCCCAUAACGUUAUAGGACUUGUUGUGUCAGAGAGAACAUGCAGCACUCAACUUCCUGUACCCAGAGGCAGAGUACAUGACGAUUGUGUACAAAUAAAUUAUAAUGCCAAACCAUUCA